GCAUCCGUCCACGGCGCCUGAUCGAAAAUACCAACAAACGGUCGAAUUUAAGGGAAUUUAACGUAUUUUUUGGCGUUAACGUUAAUAUAACGUCAAUAUAACGUCAACGUUAAUAUAACGGCACAUAAUUUAGUGUUUUCAAAGAAGAAAUCGGGUAAUCGUUUUAAAAACGUCAUUUCCCAGCUACACUUUCGCGGUAACUAUGGUAACGAGGUUAGUGGUGGGUGUAGAAGCGGAGUUGUCCCUGUAAAUCUGUGUAAGUAGCGAUGUCUGAGCUCAAACACGGUAACAGUUCGUCUUUAAGUAACGACGAAGGUCACUCGACUCCGGAUAUUUUGAUUUCUGACAGCGACCGAAGGUUUUUCCAGUCUUUGUGCGAGUUUAUCGCUCAUGAGAAACGGUACCUGCAGUGUCCACAGGAGGGCGCGGACGAGCUCAGGUACAGCGUGUACCGGACUGCGUUCAGCAAGGUGAUUGCACGAUCGACGACGUAUAAGAAACUUCUGUUGACCAUAAAGGGAGAGUAUGACGACGCGAUCAGGGAGCUGCAGAGGAGGGAGGGUGAGGCCAGGAUGGUUCGGAGAAAUCUGGAGGCCUCGACGUCACAUCCAAGAUCACUGAUCACCUGCCAGAGACGAGCCGCCGAGCUGAGGGAGAGAAUCUCCGCCCAUCAGAGCAAAACAGCAGAACUUAAAGAGGAGAUCAAGAGAUGGAAAUCAUCUGUAGAGCAGAGCACAUGGAUUCCUGGUCUGACAGUGGCUGAGUCGGUGGAUCUCGAAGCUCUGGACAGACAUCUGAAGCAUCUUGAGGUCCAGAGAGCUGCUCUGCUGGACGAGAAGAGUCACCGCGUCUCUCUGGAGGUCAAAGCCGAGCUGGACGCCGAACUGCAGGCUGCCGAGCGCCACAGAGAUCAGCUGCAGACGAAGAACAACCAGCUGAACGUCCUACACAAGCGUCUGAGGUUCGUGUCUGGCCAUCUGCACACCUGGGAGGACAAGAAGCUCGUCCCUCUGGAGGAACUCCUCAGAUCCAUGCUGGAGGACGUCGGACAGCUCAGCGUGACGGACGAUGAAGCCCGCGGCAUCGACACCGAGCUGUUCGAGGACGAAGAGCCGACUGGAGUCAACGAGUCCAGAUUCCGGACAGAUUACCUGCACAGGUUUACUGAGCUCUUUGAUUCAGCUCGGUACGAGGAAGCUGCUCUCCACGCUGCGAGAUCUCCUCGAGGAUUCCUGAGGAACCUCGACACCAUGGAGAUGUUUAAAGGUGUGAAGGGGCCCCCGUCGUCUGCCCCCCCUCUCCUGCUCUUUUUCGAGGCCCUGCUGACGACCCUCUCAGUCGGCGACAAGCUCUCAGCUGCUCUCUCUCUGCAUUUCACCCGCUGUGCCCUGGAGCACGGCGCCACGCAGCUCCUCACCCACGCCGUCAACACUAACAAACUGACCUUCUGCGAGGAUCUGGGCGACGUCCUGACCGAGCACGCUCAGAAGAACCGACGUGCGGCUGACAGGUAUUUGGCGUUUGCCAACGUCGCCUACGAGGCCUGCGGGCUUGACAGGAAGGUCGCACUGAGCAUGUGCAUGAGAGGCCUGACCCACAGCGCCGCCAGUUUCAUGAAGGAACGCAAGAACUUCACAGCUGAGGACUCCAUGUGGGUCCUGAGUCGCUGGCCCAGCCUCCCCCUCCUCCGGCUGUUGACGGAUCCUGAGCCGGGCCACGCGGCCCUCUUGUCAGUGGGUGUGGCCUGUUCCACUCUGCUGGCGGACCCUCGGCAGCCCGAGCUAGCUCUGCAGCUCCUGGACGGCUUCGUCAGCAGAGGACGAGGGGUUUUGGAGAAGGUGAUCCUGGAGGACAGCCGAUCCUCAGUGGACGUUUGGACCAUCGUGUCGUCUCUGUGCUUUAAGAUGAACCGUGUUGACCUGAGUCAGGCCAUCCGGUCCGUCCUGCUGGACCAGAGCGGGACCGGGGCCUUGUCCCCGGACCUGGAGGGAGCUCGGAUGAUGGAACACAUCUUCCUGUGAAAAGACGUCACACAGGGAGGAGAAGUUCAAACUUUCAGACUCUCAGUGGUGAAAAAGUAAAACCACUUCUGUGUUUUCUGCCUCCUGUUCAUUGAAAACUAUUAUCCUGUACCAGUUCUCCUCACCUUAUCACAGACACGCCCGAUCUGUGAUCCCAGCGUUAUCUGAACAACCUUCGACCUCCGGCUGAGUCAGUGAAAUGACUCAGGUAAAAAUCUGAAACAGUGACGUCUGACGGCCAGCAGGUGGCGAACAGAUUGACAAACUGAAGCCUGAAGACUGAGCGUGGCCUUCACACACACCUACAGAGGCCAAGUGAUGUUUGUUAAGUGUCAUUUUAAUUGUAAUAAUAAUUAUGAUGCCGUUUACUGAUGAAAGAAAGACUAACUAAUGGAAGAAGAGCGGGUAGCAGCCUCUGUGGACAUGAUGACAGAGGAGAGGAGAGUGAAGAGAAAGCUGAGAAGAGAUAA